UCUACGGCUAUUCGACAAGAGGUUCGUCCUGGCCGUUUUCGGAGCAGCACUGCUUGAAGGCCAUUAAAUAUAAGAAGAAGAAGAAGAAGCCGGGCGGGGCCGCGGGUCAUAUGAGUCAUCCGCAGCAGAGAAAAACCUUUGUCGACACUCUCGACGGCGAAUUCCAAGUCCGAUUGAAUUUUUCGGCCGAAGACAAAUCGACUCGCCCAGAAAUUUCCACUCAGACUUCGCCACGCAAACAGUGAUUUAGACUUAUUGUUAGUCUUAACUUUAAACAAACAGCGAUCAAAUCUAGCCGUAGGUAUUGUCCGCUGAAAGAGGGCAGGAGCCAAUUUAAUAUAAGAAGAAGAAGAAAAAGAAGAGCAAAUCGACUCGGGACGACUCCGGCAACUUCGACCAAUAAUACGACAAAGAUACGAAUAAUUUGAUAAGGAGAUGCUGACCGUAUGUCAUGUGAUUCUAAGCUGCUAAUAGCCAGUCCGCAGGAUUCUGGAUGUCUCAACAGAUUUAAUUUAAUCUGUAAUCAUUAACGAGAUAAAGUGCUGAACAGGAAAGAGCAAGAGGGAUAUAUUAAAACUGAAGCAUACCUUGACGACAGAAAUGGAAUGCUUGGAUAGAAUCGAUCAUUCAGGGGUGAAGGAAAAGUACCAGGAGGUUCAGAAAGUGUUGGAGACCCCCGAGAGGAGCUGGUGCUCUCAUAAGAUUCACGAGAAAAAGAAAAAAGCUGUAGGAAUUCUAAUGGAGAUCCUGGAAGCGCUUGCCCACUGCAAAGAGCCCCUCUGCACCGUCGUGGCUGCGAUAACUCAUUUGAACAUAGGUCUAUUACAGGCUGACCUGAGAGACUUAGGACUCGCCAAGGAAUAUUUCAGAAAGUGCAUCGAUUUGUUGGACGACACUGAAGACAGCAAACUGACGCCCGAAGGCAUUUUACCGGCUAUAAGCGCCAAUAAUGAACUGGGCAUAGUUUAUGCGGUUGAAGGUUUGUUCGAGGAAGCUAAAGAUUUUUUUAAGCAAGCGGAAGGCUUGUACGUCAAGUUUACGGAAGACGUUGGACUCGAGCCUGUUCAUAUGACCAUUAUGAAUAUCGUGGGAUUGACGGGUAUAGAAAGAGAUCUAUGCGCCAAUAGCAUCCUUGAGAAGCUUCACGAGUCGACUCUGUAUAAUCUCUGUAUUAAUGACGCAGUAAGUCCACCGCAAAUAGGACGAUAAAUGUAUAGUUCUGCUCUCUAUAUUGUCACAGAAUGCUGAGCAAGCAGCUGAGUCAAAAUAGGAUAACGCAAGAUCUGGAU